AUUUAAAAGAGCCAGUGUAGCCCUGCUGUAAGCUCAGACACUCCGCCGCUCACUUUGGGUGAGCGUCUGUCUGAAACAGGAAGCGAUACCCAACUAUCCCUCCAUUUUGUUUGAUUUGCCUGUUUUGAUGGUGACUUUGAAUUUUGCUGCAGAGACAGACGUGUUGGAUUUAAAAGGUUACUUAGCAAAAAAGACCAUGGAGAACAAGACAAGUCCAAUGACGCAAGUCAAGAUGCAGCUGGGGCCGCCACUUGCUGCCAUCUACUUGGUCAUCUUCAUCCUGGGGUUAUUCGGUAACGGACUGGUCAUCAUCAUCUCAAAGUUUAAAUCCAAGCAGGGAGGUGCUAACAGUUACAUCAGACACCUGGCCUCGGCAGACUUGCUGUUUGUGCUGACGUUGCCACUGUGGGCAACAGAAGCUUUUCUUCAUUAUCACUGGCCAUUUGGAUGGUUCCUCUGUAAGGUCAGCAGCUCCAUAGUACAACUCAGUAUGUAUGCCAGCAUCUUUCUCCUCACCUACAUGAGCUUUGACCGCUACUUGGCCAUCGUGUGGCGAGUACCCAGCAGCCAGCGGUACUCACAGAAGACCAUGCUGGUCUCGCUGUGGUCCAUCUGGCUUUUGUCCUUCCUCCUGACUACACCCACAGCACUCUUCCGCACCACACAGACUACGCACGAGAAUAAGACAUCUUGUAAUAUGAACUUUAGCCUUGUGGUGUCAGCACCAGAGCAGGCCAAUGCCUGGGCUGCUGGCUUGUAUCUCAUGCGCAUAGUGAUGGGAUUCCUCUUGCCUUUCAUGGGCAUCACAAUCUGCUACUGUUUCAUUGGCCGAGCCUUAAAUCACCACUUUAGUGCUGUGCACCAGGAGGAGCAGCGGCGUCGGCGGCUGCUGAAGAUCAUCAGCAUACUGGUUGUGGUGUUCUCCCUCUGCUGGGCACCUUUCCAUGUGAUAAAUACUUUUUAUGUCCUAAUGCUUCAGCAGCAUUUACCUGACAGAAUCUCAAGCUUUAUUUUUCCAGCAUUUUACUUAACCACCUGCCUGGCCUAUGUCAACAGCUGCCUCAACCCCUUCCUCUACGCCUUCUUUGACUUGCGCUUCCGCACCAAGUGCCUUAAGCUCCUCCGCCUAAAGAAGUAUACAGAGGGUUCUGCAAGCUCCCAGUCCAUGCAGACCCCGAGCUCUGAACACUGACCUUGUUUCCUGUGGAAGCACAUCUCUCUCUGAAAGGAGGAACUAGGUCCACGGACUGGGAAAUGCAGUUUAGUUUCUUUCAAAGGUCUGUACUUAUAUAAUGUGUUUGCAUGUAUUAAUCACGCAGAGAGCAAAUGGAAGCAGCAGCGUUCCCAUUGUAAUAAUUCGUAAAAGAAGCCUGUAGAGUAUGAAUUACAGUGGGAAGAUGGUCUACAGAAUGCAGCUUCAAGAGAUUGUGUGCUUUUCCUUUGUUACUUUGUAUCUUUAGCACAAAUAUUAAAGCAGAGC